CGUGCGGGAUCCAAAAUGUCUUCUUUAGCAAAGCAACUUCAGCAACUUCAAAUUCCUAGCAAUUUGGUCGCUCCUUCGACGAAGAAACAAACUUUAAAGGCUUCUUUAUUGUUUGAUGGAAAAGAAGCGAGCAAUAUCGACAAUGAAACGAUAUUUUCUUUGGCUACAAAUGGGCUGCAAGAGCUCAUUCUUAUCGAGCCUGGAUUUGCAUCAUUCAACGAGUCGAUUUUCAGUGAUGUAUCAAAGAAGUUAGAGCGAUCGGUGGAGACGAAAGAGUUUAAUGAUCGGCUAGAUAAACAGAUAGCACAAUUUUUGAGAUAUUUGUCUCCAUAUUUUCUUCUCAAACCGGCCCACAAGACUCUGGAAUGGUUGAUACGUCGAUUCAGGAUUCAUAUCAUKAAUCAAGACGCUCUYGUSUACUGUGCUCUUCCCUACCACGAGACGAACUUGUUCGCUAGAGUUGUACAACUCUURGAGAUAAAAAAUCCCGCUUCCAAGUGGCACUGGCUUGGACCUCUGCAAAACACAGGCAGCCCAUUAUCAAAGUCAACACUCAUCCAAAAAUGUGCCACUGACUUGAAUUUUUUGCAUGAAAUUUGUGAAAUGGUCCCUAGUUCUUUAGAAAUGGAAUGUCCUGUGUCUUCAUUGAGAGUUGUUUUUACUUUCUAUGCCUCUACUGUAGUAGGAGCAUUGGAAAACAUGCAGCGUGUUGGCGAGGAGGUCAUCGGGAAACUCUUGCCUUACAUCAUCAAAGGACUGAAAUCUGGUUUGUCAGAGUACAAGUGUGCGUCAUAUAUGAUCAUUGCUCAGCUGUGCAAUAAGUGUUGUUUUGAGGAGCAAUUGACAAAAUCUUUACUUGACAGUGUAUGUAAGAACCUGAGUGUAGAUGUCAUUAAUGAGGGAUUGAUGUGUAUUACUAUUAUUUGUGGUACACAAAACAAAGCAAAACUACCAAAAAAGUCAUUCAGGUACUUGAUGCAAGUUGAUUGUAUUAGUGAACACGUUUGUAAGUUAGCAACAGUAUGUGAUGUUACUGCGUUGUUACGUGUAUUCAUGCCACAGUUGGUUACUACUGUCGUCGGGCAAUGUUUGCCUAGUGAGGACUCUUCCUGCAGACAGGAUAAUCAUGUUGGUGUCUUGUAUGAUAUGGCAAAGGAGCUUGAAAUGGAGCAAUGGCUGGUUGAACUCAUUGCAAGGUCAUUGAUUGAUGAAUACUGCAAGACAAGAGCCAUCUUGGGAGAAGAUCAACAAAGUAUCAAAAAAAUGAAUAAAAYGUUAAARCCUGUAGCUCAAUACCUAGAAAAAAGGUAUCCAAAAGAAUUGGAAAGUGGUCUUGAAGGAAGUCUAGAGUACAUUAAGUGUUCUUUGGAUGAUGAGGAGUUGGUUAUCCAAUAUUCACAGUGGAUAUUAGAGUUUGUUUCUUUGGCUUUAUCAAGCUCUAAAUCAAAGGUUGUGCCAGACUCUAGUGCUACAUUAAUGUUAAGCCUUCAUCAUCCCAAGGGUGACGUUAGGCAAAUGGCUGUCAACCAUCUUCAUAACUUGAUUGAAACUGAACAGGUUAACCAAGAUGACAGCGAUUUUAUAAAGGAAGCCUUAUUGGCUCGUAUUAGUGAUGAAGAUGCUAUAGUGGUGGACAGUGUUCUUGAUAUGGAACAGGUACUCAUGAAGUAUAUACCAGGUGAAGCAUUAGUCGAAAAGUUGUUGUCUUUAUUGGACCUCAACAAUUGGAAUAGUCAAUGUGAAAAAGCUCUUAAGAUGCUGACAAGCUCUGCUGUAGUCAACCUAAGUCCAGCAGUACAGGGWAGGGCUGUUUGUGGUCUGAUAGCAUUACUAUUUCUGAAUGGRCAAACACACAAGCAAGCCAUUGCCUUGUCAAGACUGAUGUCACAGUCAUCAUUGGCACAAAAACAUUACCUUCUAAAGGAUAUGAAGACAUUUGUCAAAUAUAAAGAUUGGAAAGCAUGUGAAACAUCCAACAGCUCAGAUGAUUUGGCCUGUGGUAAUAGAGUUUUGGUGGGUUGGUUAGCAGACAACCURGCAAGGCUGCCAAACAAUGAAAUGCUAAACAAGAUCAAAGAACUAUCCAAAUACUGUGAAAAGCACGCRGRUGRUUURUUUUCACUYAUUUUAAACUGUGUGUCUGGAAAGUUGAUCACCAUGACAACAGUUGCUAAGGAYUGGGAUACAGUUGAAACUAUUUUGGAAUUACUUGWAUCAAGUCUUCAUGGUGUAGAAUUACAAGAUGGAUCACAUAGUGUUAGUGUAGAGGAUGAGAUGCUAUCCAGUAAUGAUGAUGGCCUUGUACCUGUUAAACUGUUGUCGGUAUUUAUUCAUCACUGGACAAARAACAGAAUUAGAAGGACUAACAUGRCAAAAAGUGCAGUUAAUCUGUGGUUGUUUGGUAACUUUGUUAGACAUAUUCCUGGAAAUGGUAGUGUUUUUAAAGGAAUGUGGUGCAGCAUCGAUGAUGAAAGCUCACCAGAAUCAAAAUAUACCAAGUUGGAAUUACUUGUAUCAAGUCUUCAUGGUGUAGAAUUACAAGAUGGAUCACAUAGUGUUAGUGUAGAGGAUGAGAUGCUAUCCAGUAAUGAUGAUGGCCUUGUACCUGUUAAACUGUUGUCGGUAUUUAUUCAUCACUGGACAAARAACAGAAUUAGAAGGACUAACAUGRCAAAAAGUGCAGUUAAUCUGUGGUUGUUUGGUAACUUUGUUAGACAUAUUCCUGGAAAUGGUAGUGUUUUUAAAGGAAUGUGGUGCAGCAUCGAUGAUGAAAGCUCACCAGAAUCAAAAUAUACCAAGGUUUUGUUGUCAGUAUUUUCUGUGACAGUUUAUGGAACUAAUAGAGGAAAGUCUACUGUACACUAUUCUACAUAUAGACAGUUAAUGCAGCARUUAAUGAAGUGUCAUUUCUCCAGUAGCGACUCUCUAUUGAAGUUCUUAAGCAUGAUAUGGAGCAAUCAUCCAUUGAUGGUCCAUGAAUCCCCCGCGAAGUCUCAACUUUUACAGCACCAUAGUCUACAGAUAGCUGACACCUGGCUUGCAUUGAAUAAACASUCUAUCAAACAACUAUGCAGUGAUUUACCAUCAGUGGUAAUAUCACUUUUGAUGCCGUUGACAAGUCCUGUCGAAAGAUUAAGGAAUGCGGCUGUACAGUGUAUUAAGACUCUCAAGACCAAUAGUACUGUGCCUCCCCCUGUUGGUACACUUGUUGGACUGCUAGCUGAAAGUGGUGAAGAAAUCAAAGUUGACCAUGAACAUCUGCCAAGAAUGCUUGCUUCGGCAUUUAGUUGUCUAAAUCACAAAUCAAGCAAAGCCAAGAAAACAUCUGAAGAAAAACUCCUUGAAGGACUGUUAACAUUCAUUACAAGACACAUUGUCAGUCAAGAGACACCCACACAUAUCCAAAAGUGUCUUUGGAUGGUCAUGACUGGUGUGGUCACCCAGGCAAUGUUUACUUCAUGUCUACCAUGGGUGGAGAGAACUAUCAACAAAGCACAGGUUUCAGGGCUAAGUUCAGAUGAAAAUUCUUGUUUGAUGCAAGCUAUUACAAAGUUUUGUCCACUUACUGCUGGAUUACUGGARUCUGAUUCUAAAUCUCUGGAUGUCAUGAAGCAGUUGUUUAAUCUACAAGCAGCUGUUUGCCCUGGACAUAUUGCACCUUUGAGUGGACUAUUGGAUCAGUGUUGUUGGUGUACCGAGGUUGAUGACAGUGAGAAAAUCAACUUUGAUUACAUCAAGCAGUUGAUAUUGUCUGAGAUAUUAGCUGUCUGUCAAAGGCUUGAUACCACUGGUAAAGGUUUGCCAGAAGAUCAGUUUAAUGUGGAGUUGAUUGUCCAGUGUAUUCGUGUAUCUGAGAAUCCACAAACACACCAUCAUGCCUUGUUACUGCUGGCCGAAACAGCAAGACUAUUUCCCGAGAAAGUACUGCACAAUGUCAUGUCAAUAUUCACAUUCAUGGGUGCAAACAUACUCCGUCAAGAUGACAGCUACAGCUUUCAAGUGAUUAGCAAGACUGUAGAGACUGUGAUUCCAGCCCUGAUACAGGCUGGCAAAAAGCAACAGCUUCCAAAGUUCAAUGUUAAGGGGUCGCCAUCUCUUUCUCUGGACGACAUUGUUGCCAUGGUGAUAAGAGUUUUUGUKGAUGCUUCACCACACAUCCCAGAACAUCGGCGGCUGUCUGUUUUCUCUCAUUUAGUGUCGACAGUAGGCUGUGUGAAGUACUUGCAUGUAACUGUUGCGCUAUUAUUAGAGCAUUACAUCAUCCAUUCUUCUGACCAGCACGAUAAUGAAGAGGGCUCUGUCCAUGCACCUCUGGAUGAAGAAUUCUGUCUCGCUUUGUGCCAAGAGUUUGAUCCAACAGUCCAGGCUGAGGGAAUGUUGAAUCUUCUCAAAUACGUCGCACAAUUACCAGCAGAGAAGCCUGAUGUUCCUCAUCGUCCCAGAGCAAGUCGACGGUCUACAGCAUUGUUUAACACCCMAUCGCCAUUGUUUGAUGUCCAGGCCCACUCAUCAAAACACCUGCGUCAGUUCAAGUUUGUUUCUAUUUGCUUCAUCCCCACAGUUCUUAGCGCUGAAACUUUUGUUUCUCAGGUACAAGAAUUAACCAAUCUACAGGGUACCAUGGAGAAGAUUUACUUGAGUCUGAUAGAAGAGCUCCUCACGUUUGUUACCGUCACAGCUCAACACACCGAGGCUCACAGUCAGAGUACUACAGGGAAAUUUUGGCGUGUCUUCCUUCACAAGAUAUAUGACAUUAUUGAUAAGGUGAACGAGCUUCUACCCCCUAAUGUAUUCAUCGCUGUCAUCUGCCGAUUGCUCACCAAUUCUAAUGCUACUGUACGACGCAAAUCAAUGGAUCUCCUUAACAACAAACUAGGCCACAACAAGGCUUUAUCUGGACAGGUUGAGGAGCUGGUCAAACUGGUCAGCGUUCUACUCUCUCUGGUUCGUUCGGAAGUUGGAAAUGAGACACCUAUUAACAGACAAACUGCCUUGUACAGCUUGAAACUAUUGGCUAGAAUAUUAUCUGAACACCAACCAGCAGUAUUCACUAAGGUUUUGUCGAAUGCUAUUCUUUGUGUUGGUGAAGUCUGUUCAGGUCUCAAGGCCAAUGCUAUACCAUACCUACCACAGUUCAUGCCAAAUAUUAUUUCUAUUCUUGACAAUACAGCCGAUGAUAGGAAUGUUGUUCUUCUUCUAUGUGCGGUGGUUACGUUACAUAAAGUUGCCCAGUCUCUACCAAACUUCCUUAGUCCUUAUCUAGUACAGAUAAUACACAAGAUUACAAGUCCCAGCCUAAAUGACAUUGAGAGCAAGAACGACGAACAAGAAAAGGAUUCAAYUAUUCAACAGUUACAUGAUAGACUGUCAGCGUUCAGGAAAGACAUCGCACAUCUCGUAACCCCUCGUGUUCUAAUACCUGCCGUCUCCCAGUGCUAUCAUGACGUCAUCGAUCAUAGUCACGUGGCUAUACCUAUGCUGAUACAGGUGUUACACGAGUCAGUCACGUGCAUGACUAAACAUGACGUCACCACCUACAGUGAACAGAUCUUCAAGUUUAUGUUUGUGGGGCUUGAUUUUCGCGUCACGCAACCUCAAUGUGAACCGGAACUUCAGGAUCAAGUUGAAUCUGAUGUGGUCAACUCAUUCUGUGAACUCGUAAUGAAGAUGUCUGAAGCAACAUUUCGUCCUGUCUUCCUCAAGUUGUAUGAACGAGCAACAAGACAAGGUGGAAAUAAAGAUCGUCUUGUUGUGUUUUACCGUCUUUGUGACAGGAUUGCUGAUAAACUAAAAGGUUUAAUGGCGCUGUUCGCUGGGUACAUCAUCAAGAACUGCUCUUCUCUCCUCGAUAGGAACAACAGCACUAAUAAUAGUGAGCCUUUCUACAUCAAGACAUCUCAUAGUGAUGGGAAGACGAUUGCCGACAAUGACAAGUCAUGUUUGUUAGUGGUUUACGUACUGGAUUGUCUUCAAAAGUGUCUUUGUUAUGCUGCUCAUGGUUUUGUUGACAAAGAAAGGUUUUCUUGCUUAAUGCAACCAAUCAUAGAUCAGCUUGAAAACCAAAUGGGUAACAAUGAAGAAUUUCAAGACAGAGUUUCAAAUCACGUGGUACCCUGCCUGGCYCAGCUCGCAGUAGCUGCUGGGAACGACUCUGACUGGAAAACAUUAAACUAUCAAAUACUUCUCAAGACCAGGCACUCAUCGUCACAGGUCCGGUUUGCCGCCCUAAAAGCUCUCGAAGAGCUUUACCGUCAACUGGGUGAAGAAUUCAUUGUGAUAUUGUUGCCUGAAAGUAUUCCAUUCUUAGCCGAACUUAUGGAAGACGAGUGUGURGAAGUUGAGCAACAAUGUCAACACGUUGUGAAGCAAAUUGAAACGAUCAUUGGUGAACCAAUUCAAAAAUACUUCGAGUCCUGAAUGCUGCGACGAAUCCAGUGUUSCUAUAAAUCAAGAAGGAAGUCUAYAGGAAACASCCAACUAUAAUCAACCGAAAGGACUGGGCGAAGCUACCUUGCACAACUGCACAGUGCAUUUAAGCUGAACAAAUACGUUUUUUAUUUAAGUUCUUUCUGCAAUCAUAAUGUAAGAUGCUGGACUUAUUUUGGUAGAAUAGUUCAGUUUCUUAUCACCUGCGACGUCUUGUAAGGUAGCCGUGCCUUUGCAUGGAAGCGAGGCGAUCGUUAAGUGGCUUUGAUCGAUGCCUGUAAAGAAUGUAGCGUAGGUGUGAAAGAAUACACAGCUACCUUUCAAAAUUGCACAGGGAACCGUGAAGGAAAAUAUCGUCCAGUGGAGACUUUGUUUGUAUUAUAAUUCGAUUUAUUUUCUAACGCAUUGUAAUGGUACUAAAUCCACCAUACUGGUUGACAAAAUAAUGUAAACAAAUUCAAAAACAAAACUAACGCAGCCCGYCAAACUUGACUUUGUUUUGAACAUCGCAGUGGGUAUGUUGUCAUCCAGCAGUAUGAUGGAUUUAGCAUCAUGUGACCGUUUCAUGCAAAAGGUCUAUAGUAUUGUUAUCGUCCGACAAAUUUAUUGAAGUUUCGCACAAAGUAAGAACUUUUAUCCUAAAACGAUGAAAACUUAGUCGCCCGGUCGGUGUAUUUUGGAUGUAAACUUCUAAGUAACAUGUUAGCAGAUUAGAGCUGUCGAUUUUUGCCCCUUCCACACUAGUCCAGAGAUUUUGUAUCCGUAUAUUACUGAGGGAUUAGUAUACAAGACAAUGUUACUGUACACGGAAACUAAAUCUCUGGACUCUCAUGGAUAGGGCAAUAUAUUGAAGACAAACAUCACGAAGGGUACAUGGUUUCUUGAUUUGAACUCCAUGUAAAAUUAUAGUAGAUAUCACUGAACCAUAACAGUUCAUGAAAGAAAAGUAAUUGUUGUUGUUGUGGCUGUUGUUGUUGUUGUUGUUGCUGCUGUUGUUGUUGUUGUUUACUCCAUAUGUCAAGCCAAUGUUUAUUGUAUUAUAAGAAGACUGUCCACCAUACUUGAUUAAACUGGGUUUUUAUUAGAGCUGUUUGCUGUA